CUGUUUUUUUUUUCCAAAUUUAUUAUUACAACAUUUCCCAUUUUAUUGCGUAGCUAUUGGAUGUCGAUUAUCCAUUUCAAGGUUCUCGUCAUUAGUAGUACUACUUCUGUUGAUCCGAUUUUUCCUAGCAGCAGCCAAUGAUCUUUUAAUGUUUUCUAGAACAAAACAUUUCCAUCCAAAUUACCUGCUAAUCUAUCUUGAGAAAUGCGUAAGAUUUGUGCAAGAGAUAUAUGUUUAACUGGUAGAAAUUAACUUGAAUUCAAAUGUAAAUAAUCCUAGUGCCAAAAAUAUUCCGCGCUGAAUGGGGGUCGGAAUUUCCCCCAAGGAGUUGGGUCACAUACGUACGUGUCUUGUCGAGAAAAAGCAGUUUCGCUUUUGUUUUAUUUUUCUUUUCUACAUCUUAUUUUAGUAGGUCUAGUGCAGGGUGUUAGUAGGUCAAGGCGAAUCCCGCGUGAGCGUCGAGUUUAUUUUUUCUUUUCUUUUUUUUUUUAAUUUUUGGCGUGACGUCAACCGAUGCGCCGGCGCAAACCGUGGCGACCCAUUUGCUCACGCUAAAAAAUUAACAACUUUUUUCUUAAAAUUUCUGAAUAAGAAAUAACUAUUCGUUUUGGCUCUUGUAUAUUUUUUCCAGUCAUACAAUUUGUCCAGCCGCCAAGAAAAAAUUGACUAAAAAUUACGCCAUUGAAUCAAUAUACGCUGCGCAUUCUUUUCAUUGGACCCACAGUCCACACACACACACGCAGAAAUUUAUUUAUAUAAUAGAAACAAACACACACGAGAGAGAGAGAGAGAAAAAUGGCGGCCGUGCGAAUGAAAAGGGAAAGUUUUGUGGUAGCCCGCGUGCGCACGGCGGGCCGGUUGUGUGUGUGUGUGUGCUAGAGCGUGCAUAAAGGCAAACGACGGCGGGAUAUAUAGAAAACCAGAUUGCAGCAUUCCCCCCACCACCACUGGCCCCAGGGCUACCCCCCCCCCCCCAUUCUCUCCCACCUUUUAGGAGGUCUCCCUACCCAAACACCGUGCGGUUGGAAAGUAGGUCUAGUGCAGUAGCACACUAGGUAUCGGGGUCACUAUUGCAAUCACGUUCACUUUUGUUUGAUAUCGUCCCGAUAAAAAGACUCCCUACAGACUCUAACGUGACUGAUUUCGUCAUUCUUUUCUCCACUCUUUCACAUCAAAAUAAUGGGGUCACAACUAAAAGAUAAUUGGAAUUCAUUUGGAAAUAAUUUCUUAACAAAAAAAAAUAAAAGAAAAAUUACGAAAAUUUUAUUUUUUUGUCGUUUGCAUGAAAACCCAAAAUCCUCCCCUCAUUUGAAUAUUUUUCUCUGACGAAAAAAUAAAUAGUCGAUAGAAAAUAUCACAAAGAUGAUGUAGUAGAAAGGGAGAGGACUGCUGCUGCUGCUGCUGCUAUGAAGAGGUGGUGGUUAGAAAGUAGGACACGAGGUGGUGGGCGGAGUAAUGUCUAACCCACCUCUUUUUGGUGCCUUUUUUCUCUCUUCUUCUUGAAGCGGGGAGUCACUUUCACUCCUCCUCGCUACACACACACACACACACACACACAGACAGGAUAGACAGUGUGUGUCGGGACUCUCUCGCAGAACACGCGUCCGAUCGGACGUGUCUUUUUCAGUGUCUUUAACGUAUUUUGUCGAGAAAAUUUUUUUUUUCGACCCCUGCCUCCUGCAACCAAACACAGUUCCGCCCACCAUUCGGUUAGUCUGAGCCAUUCAAGACUGUUGGUCCUCAGUCUGGGUCCAUCUCUCUGACAAGUCGGUGUUGGCAAUUAUAGCUCCAUUUUUAUCAAACUAAAGUGCUAGUGUGGCCUCAUGUCGUCGUCGUCGAGUGUGUGAAUAAGAAGUUCUACACAUUUAUAUUCUCUCUGUCAUCACAUGUGCAGCAGCAAUAGUAGAGCUCAGUGUGUUUCGGAAUUGCGGUCAACUUUCGCUUUCGAAGCUCAGCAACGCCACCAAGCGGCCAGGUGGUUUCUAUAGUGUAUGUGUGUGUGUGUGUGUGUGUGAGACUUGUCCUCAAUUUUUUUUUCUUUUCCCUCUCACUCGUACACGCAGCACAGGAAUCUUGUGUGUGUGUGAGGAUUACAAUUCUCUCUCUGUCUGUAUAGCACCUUUUGUGUGUGUACCAGUGGUGGUGCAACAGGUGUGUUGUGUGUAGCCCUCUGGUGAGCGUCUGCUGCGUUGCCCAAAUUAUUAAUUCUUUUGGGGGGGAAUUUCCAUGUCACUUGGUUGAGAUGCUAGUUGACAUGGAUCUCGCAGCUAUUGCACCCCUGGGAAACAACAGUUCGUCCGGUUUCAUUAAUUUGUCCGGCCCGUCUGUCGAUACCGACCAAGUCAGCGUCCAAAUCGAACGUUUACACAGUCCCAACGGUGGUGGUGGUGGUGGUGGUUCAAACAGUGGUUCAGGACCUAAUGGCCAACAUCAUCAUCACAUGGUUGGUGGCCACCACCAGCAGCAGCAGCAACAACAGCAGCAACAACAACAACAGCAAAUCCAUCAUCAUCACCACCACCACCUAGCCGGAGCCCAGCAUCUGCAUCACAGGACGCUGAGCUCUCCCAAUUCUGAAUUGUCGAUCGCUUCUCUUUCAAUGGCCUCGUCCAGUCCCGCUUCUACCCUGUCGCCGUUCAGUGCCAGUAGCAAUAAUAACAACAACAACAACAGUAGCUCGUCGGCGGCCAUGAGCUACGCCAUGAGUCACUUGAGCUCUGGUGGCGUCGAGGCCGGCGGCAAUCUAUUGGGUGUGGGCGUGACAGUCGGCCUGACUGGACUCGAUUCCUAUUGCAUUUACAAUCCCAACAACGCAGGCGAGUACGAGACGAGCAACGCGGCCAGCAGUAACGCUGCUCUUAGUCCGUCUCCACUCAUGGAUCCCAUCGUCAUCGUUCCAUCCUUGUCUGGACCCAGUUCGUUACCUCCUGGAACCAGCGGAGGAGGAUCGUCCACUGGUGGAGGACGGCACGAUUUACCCGACACCAAGGAAGGAAUUGAAGAAUUGUGUCCAGUUUGCGGCGAUAAAGUCUCCGGCUAUCAUUACGGACUGCUCACCUGCGAAUCGUGCAAAGGAUUCUUCAAGCGAACCGUUCAGAACAAAAAGGCCUAUUCCUGCGUUGCCGAUCGAUCCUGCCACAUUGACAAAUCACAACGCAAGAGGUGCCCUUACUGCCGAUUCCAAAAGUGCCUAGAAGUCGGCAUGAAACUCGAAGCUGUGAGAGCGGAUCGAAUGCGCGGCGGACGGAACAAGUUUGGACCCAUGUACAAACGGGAUCGGGCGCGCAAGUUGCAGGUGAUGCGCGAACGCCAAUUGACGACACCUCGAGGUGGAAACAACGGAGGAGGAAACAACAGCAAUCCAUCGCCCAACAACAGCAACAGCGGAGCCGGACAAUCGUCUGGAAUGUACACGGACAUGGGCUAUUCUCCGUCCGGCAGCAGCGUCUACGGUGGUGGAGGAGGUGGUAGCAGCAGUGGCGGUGGUGUCAAACACGAGAUUCAAAUCGCCCAAGUUUCUUCUUUGACAUCCAGUCCCGAUUCCAGCCCCAGUCCACUGGCCGCAUCACUCGGCUAUCCAGGACCUUCUGGCCAGCCAUUGGGCUCGUUGAACGGCUCGAUGGGACCUGGAUCGGGAUCUGGAGGACCGCACAAUAACAACAAUACCAAUAACCAUAAUAAUAACAACAUGGGCACCACAUCAGGAGCGGGUCCUUCUCAUUCGCACACUCCUUCUCCAAAUAAUCACCCGUCCGGUGGAGGAGGAGGCGCUCCUACACCUCAACAGCAUUCCUCCACGUCAUCCGUCUCGCCCAAAACCUUCCAUUUCGAGGGACUUUUGACCGCAGGUAACACCAUGCUGGGCAACAACAACGGUCCCAAUGUAGGAGCUGGAUCGGUUAGCGGAGCCAAAGUUCCACCAUUGAUCCGCGAAUUCGUCCAGUCUCUCGACGACAAAGAGUGGCAGAGUGCCCUGUUCGGUCUUCUACAGAGUCAAACGUACAAUCAGUGUGAAGUGGAUUUGUUUGAGCUGCUCUGCAAGGUGCUGGACCAGAACCUUUUUACGCAAGUGGACUGGGCACGUAAUUCCUACUAUUUCAAGGAUCUAAAGGUUGACGAUCAAAUGAAAUUGCUCCAACACGCUUGGUCGGACUUGUUGAUUUUGGAUCAUUUACAUCAACGAUUGCACAAUCACCUGCCUGACGAAUCUUCGCUGCCCAAUGGUCAAAAGUUUGAUCUUUUGUCGUUGUCGCUACUCGGCUGCCCGUCGCUGGCCGAACCCCUUCACGACGUCACGGCCCGGCUCACCGAAAUCCGUUUCGACGUGCCCGACUACGUCUGUCUCAAAUUUCUCAUGCUUCUCAAUUCAGACGUCAAGGGAUUGAUGAAUCGACGCCACGUGGUCGAAGCUCAAGAGCAAGUCCAGCAAGCUCUUUUCGACUACACGCUUAACUGCUACACUCAUAUCCCUGACAAGUUUGCUAAAAUGUUGGCAAUCUUACCCGACAUUCACGCCAUGUCGUCGCGCGGCGAAGAGUAUCUCUAUUUCAAGCAUCUCAACGGUUGUGCGCCGACACAAACACUACUCAUGGAAAUGCUUCACGCCAAGCGGAAAUGAGGAGGAGGAAUCAUUGGCAUCUUUGACACCAAAUAAUUCCCUGCAACCACCACCACCAGAUUUGAUGUGAGUGUGUGACUGACUUUGUGUGUGAGUGUUCGAAUGAAAUUCGCGCAACUAUAACAAACAAACAAAAUAUGCAGCGGCGUCAAGACGUUUUUGAGCUCUUUUCGUUUUAGAUUUUUGAGUGAAAUUGUCCAAACCAACGACGGUGCCAGAGGCUUUCACGAUAGAGAGAUUUGUUGGUGUCGAUAUAUAUUUUCUGGAUCCCGGUGUUUAAAAAAUAAAUAAAAAAUCUGAGAAAAAAGCAAAAAAUUCGACCACGCUCACGAGAGAUCUGCUGCCGCCGUUUCGUGCAAAAAGAAGUAAAAACGGAGUCACACAAAAUGUCCCUCACGCACUUUGGCUUUAGGAAGAAGAAGAAGAAAGAAAACCCUCCAAUUGUUUGUAGCCAUCCUUCCCUGUACAUAUAAAAAUUGUAAAACAACAACAACACGAAACAAAAAAGGCUAAACUUUUUUCUCCUUGUGUGUGUGUAAUCUUCUCUCUAUUGAUCGUUGACUCGAGCCACAUCGCGCUCCUCCCUUGUUCACCUUGAAGAGUAGUAAUGAAUAUAUCAGAGCCGAACGGGGGGGACCCCACUGGGAAUGUGGCAGCAUUUAUCGUCUUAAUUGUUUAUUUCCCCACUUUUCUGUUUUCUCCAAACUGUUUUUUUUGUAUUUCUGUGUGUGUGUGUGUACGUUUAUUAUUCUUUCUUUCUUCCUCCAAUCUUUGGCUAUUGUAGUGUGGCUACAUUCCAAAUCCACACACAGCUGGGAUUGAUCCAGUUUCAAUAUGAACGGCCGGGGAAAAAAAGGAAAAAAACACAAACCAAAAUGUGGUCUGUUUAUCUUCUUGGGACAUUGAUUUACCUUUAAAGAAUUUUUUUUUCGUGGUCGAUGGGAUUGAUUACAAACAAAAAACACACACAAAAAAAUUUAAAUCUUUCAAUUGGGUUCUCUCUCUUUCUCUAUUGUGACCGUUCUAAUUUUUUUUCUAUUUUUCUUUCAUUCCGCUCUGUCGGUUCGUGUCGGUUUUUUCUCCCUCCCGCUUAUUAUGGCGGUUAGUGUGAAUGUGUGAACCAGUGUUUAUGGGGAUGGACUACAAAAGACUAUUUAAAAAUAAUUAGGUUAAAAAAGGAAAAGAGUUGGGUUUUGCGUGCGCUAAUGUUUCAAUUUCAAUCCAUUGCGUUUACAUAAAAAAAAAGAAAAUUUGUCCUGCCAGACUUCAAUUUUUCUUCUCUGCCGGAAAUGCAAUCCUCUCUGUUAUCAUGUAACACACACACGAAACUGUUUAUUAUUUUUCAUUAAUUCUCCUAUGUCGAUUUUUCUCCCUUUUCUGCGUGAAUAGUAAUUCUUGUGACGAAGCCGCCCAAUGUCGGCUCUUUAAAAUAAAAAUAAAAAUACAAAUUUGUUCUGCGGUCAGGGGGGAAAAAUUUUAUUUGAUUUAGAAAAAAAAAAUUAAGAAUUGAAAAAAACAACAAAAAAAUCAUGUUACACAUUGACGAAAAUAUUGUGUCUACCUUACGUUUCAUUGGCUGAAUUUGAACGCCUCUGUAUUUUGUGUGUAUGUGUGUGUGAAUUCUCUAUAAAAAAGAUUAAAACAGAAAUUGUACUUGGUAAACACAAAAAAUUGUUACACGCUGAAUUUUAUGACCAAUAUAUCGGUGAAUUUUCAUAAAAA